AUGGAGAUAAAUACAAAGGACAGGGAAUUGCGCAACCUGCGGUCAGAAAACACCAGAUUAAGAACACACAUUCGAAAUAUUGAAGAAAACAAGCAAGUUGAUCUGGCUAUUAAAAGGCAACGGGAACAGGAAUCGAAUGUUUAUAACCACAUGGCAGAAAUUGAUUUGAGAAAUGGAUUAUUAGCAGCAAACAAGGAAUUGGAAAAUCUUAGGCGAGAGUAUGUGAAUCGAUUGAAUCAUUUUAAGCAAGAUAUGAAUGCAAAAAAUGCUGAAAUCAUGGAUCUUCACCGAACAAUAGCAAAUGGUCGUAUUCUGAUAAAAAAUAUUGAAAGUCGACUAGAAACUGCAACUAAAGACUUGGACAAAAAAACUCGAGAAGUUUUUGAAUUGCGAGAAAGAAAUCGAAAAAAAAAAUGAUGCCAUAAAUUAUUACAAAAAUAAAAAACCAGCGGAAACAACAGAGGAGACGCGUGGAAAAGCGUUUUCUGAAAUGGAAAAUUUCUAUUACAUCGAAAAACGAACAGAUGAAGCUUUGGAAAUGCUUUGUGAAAUUUCGAAAGAGGAGGAUUGUUCGGCACUUUUGCACGCGGUGAUCAAAAAAGCAGACAAAUCAGAUAAAAUGGCUUUCAGAAUCAAGCUCAACGUUGAAGAUGCAGUAUAUGUUGUUUCACAAUUGAAUAUUACCAAAUCACAAGUAGUACGGCUGAAAAAGAUUUAUUCGGGUCAAAACGGGCUGUGAUCCUUUCCCUUCAAUGGAAAAAAUGAACAAUCUCGAGAAAGAGCUGGUGGAUUCGGAUAACUUAGAGAUUCGAACCCAUGCUGAUGGUACUAUUGUUGGAGUUCUUAAAAAUGUGAAAAAAGCAAUCGAAACUCGGAUGACAGAUUUGGCAAAAUCUGGACAAUUGUUAGCUGGCAGAAAAUUGGCAUUGUUCGGGGAUAAAGGAGGUGAGAAAAUGUCUUGAGGCGACAAACAAAGUAUUUUUUCAGGAGGAACAACGAAACUAAUUAUUGUUCUGGUACAUCUUGCAAAUCCGAAUAGUCGUCAUAAUAUUCUGGUCAUAUCAAUUUUCGGUGCAGAUGACACAGCUCAAAAUAUGCUGAAAUACAUUCCUGAUGUGUUGGACCAACUCAAUUCAUUGGAAACAAUCAGCUUCGAACAGAACGGUGUUCUUGUUACAAUUGAUGUUGAAUGGAUGCUUGGUGGCGACAUCAAAUUCCUUUGUUCGUGUCAUGGGCAUGCAGGUAAUGAUUUGUCUAUGGAUUCAAAAAUUAAUAAUUCAUUUCAGGCGCAAGUUCUUUGGAAUUUUGCUUCUUCUGCUAUUUAGUAAACAGACAAUGUACACAGCUCAGGGAUUAUAAUGGAGAUGCUAUCCUUCGAACAGUACAAUCAUAUGCUAAUGAUGCUUUGACUGGUGCUAAUUCAGUACAAAUUGGCUCCGUGAUUAUCUUCAAACUAGUGAAAUUAUCACAUGUAAUUGUCCCUUCACUUCAUAUCUUGAUGGGAUUAGCUGAUCGAUAUAUUUUUGUUUUCUUGCUAACUCUCGCCGCGAAAGAAGAUAAUUUGACAGACAUUGAAUUCGAAAAGUUGAGCCACACAAAGAGUAAGAUGAAAGAAAUGGUGAAAAACUUGGAUAACAAAAAUAAUGUAUUGAAAACUUGGAUCAGCGACAAAAAAUCAAUGGAAGAUAUGCUAUUGGCUGUCACUAGUGUAAUCAGUAGAAAAAUAUCAAAAGCUCGAAAUCCACCACCAACAUGUCAUGCUGAAAUUUGCAUUUAUACACAUAAAUCUUGCAAAACUACUGUUAAAUCGAGAAAAGCGUUGCGACAUAUUGAAUGUGCAUAUUGCCACAGAUUCAUGCACAUCAUGUGUGCAGGAAUUUGGCUGCCAGACGAUCGGAUUCGUUUUGAAGAUCCAAAUGAGCCAUUUUUGUGUUUGAUAUGUGAGAAUAAGACAAACUUGAACGUCAAGGAAAUGUUGGAAAAAACCAUUGUUGAAACCGAUGCUUAUAUUACUGCUCUAAAAGAAGAAAUAGUAGAAUUGGAGGUUCAGAAAUCUUUGUUCGAACAAUCUGUGACAAGCAAUUCGGGCGUAUGGAGGAAAAAAUUGGAAGACUGCUGGAAACAACAUGGUGGAUCAAUGUCAACUUGGACGCAGAAAUUUAAUGGAAAUCAGACAUAUGCCUUGCUGAAACCUCAAGCAAUAGAUGCAAUGUUUGAUUUAUUUCCGAGUACUCCACAAUUGGAGCACUUAAGAACAGCAGCAAAACAUCUCGGAAUUAUAAUGAGCAUGUGCAAAACUGAGCGAUUCGAUGCCGAUGAUCAUGCCAAAUUCGACGCAUCGUUGAAAGGAUUUUGCUCUGAACUCAUUGCCGCGGUUCCUGAAGACCAUCCGAUUGUCAAAUUCCAUAUGCUCGAUAAACAUGUACCAGAUUUCGUAAAGAUGUUUGAUUCUUGGGCUUUUGUUUCGGAACAAGGAGUGGAAGGAAUUCAUGCAUAUGUUAAUGCCCUAUUCAGACAGUGAGUUUUUGUCAAAACAUUCUGACAACAAAUCUCAUUUUUCAGUUAUGCUUCGGCGAAAAAUCCAGAACUUAUUCUUAGAAGAGUCUUCACCAGAAUUCUGCUAAACAACAAGAUGGUCGACAAUUAUAACUUUUCGUGAAUUUUGAAAUACAUCAACCUGAAAUGAAGCAUAAAUUUCACCUUUGUUAUAAUCCUUCAAUCGACGUUCAAGUUCCAUCAACAUCCACACCUACUCCAUCAUCAAAAAUCAAAAUCCAAUCCAUAUCCAGAACAAACCCAAUCCAUAUCGGCAAUCCAUAUCCAAAUAUUGAAUAAUUGCGUCGCCAACCUUUCAAUAACUCCAAUAUAUGCUCAACAUAUCUGAAAUUUAAUUUAUUAGUUGAACAGAAUAUGAAAAUUGUGAUUUAUAAAUUAUUAAAUGAAAUAAUUGGAAAGCGUGUUUCGAAAAAUACUCCCACAUGGAUUGUAUAACCUAGACUAAUGAUAGGAAACCUAAGCUUCUUGCAAAAACAUAAUGAAACAAUGGUAUGUUCAAUGCAAAUGUAAAGAAAUCAAUAAACAAUAAUUUUACAUUGGCCUAAAAUAUCAAUUUACGACCUAAAAACUUAUAUCUAUGUGUAAAAUUUGGCCAUCUUAUCGAAUAACAACACCGUUCAACAAUAACACUGAAAUACAUCCAAGAAAAAUCAACGAAAACGCACUAAUUCGAAAAAAUUCGAAAAGAAACAAGCGAAAAACAAAAAGAAAAAUGAUGCAAUUUUCCCUCUGCCAAUGUGUGUGCCGCACUUUGCAAUUUUAUUUAUUUAUUUUUUUGGGUUACUGUAGUUUCAAAUGUGUGCAAUGAAAAUUUACGUAGGAAAAAAUUUGCUGUGAUUCCCCCCUAGAAACAAUCCAAUUUCAAAACCAAUUCAAUUCAAUUCAAAAAUGUAUAGUCUAUUGUUUUUUUCUUUUUUUCUCCCAUUUCUUAUUCCGUUCAUAUACAUAUAAUAUAAUAAAUCGUCAAACAUUUAUCCCAUAAAAUCAAAUGCUCAUCCAUCCAUCCAUCCAAAAGCCGUGCUUGAAAAUUUCUCGUUUUUUUCAGAGCCCCUUUUUGUCUGCGCAUCCCUCCUGGUUCCUCCCAAAAUAUGUAUAUUCAAAUAUGAAUAUUGUUAUUUUCAUUAUUAUUUUAAACAUUGCUUCGUCGAAACGAUGGAAACCAUUUUUUAUUUCCGUUCAGUGUUUUAUUUUUCGAGAAAAAAAAACGAGGAAAACGAAUAAAAACCUAUGAUUUUUCUCGUUUUUUUUCUGCGACGAUUCAAGGAUUAUCUAUCUACUCAUCCAACAAAUCUUGUCAUUUUUAGUCGUUUUUGAAAUCUGCUUUUUGCACGAUUCGAUUUUUUUGGUAAAAGUUUCUGUUCAGACUUUUGACAUGAAUUUGUCUUGACAGGUAUUUUUUGGAAUUUGGUUAGUGACCAAGAUUCAAAUAGCUGAUCAAUGUUUUUCGAAUUCUGAAAUUGAUUUAUUUCAGAAUCUAAAAAAUAAAAGUUCAGGUAACUCUGCCACGUCAUGAAAUUUCAAAUAUAGAUUUGAAACAUAAAUUUCCUCAUUUUUUUUUCGAGAAAUCAAUGUUUUUUUCACCAAUGACAUCAGAUUUCUCUCAUAUUUUCCAAAAAAGUAUCCGUUUCAACUUGGAAAUUCAAUCCUUCUCAAAUCCACGCAUCCUCAUUCACUUAACGCCAAGCUUUUCAUCAUCAAGAUUCCCUUUUCAAAAAAAAAACAAUAUUUUUCAAAAUUUCCUCCUCUCGCUCCUCACCUAAUUGCACCCUUUUUUUCAAGCUUCAAUCUCAAAUCCCACAAUUAACAGAAGAAAGAAAAAGAGAUCUGCCAAUUUCUCAGCAUAUUCCAAUUUUUUUCGUAUUUAGGCGAGCAGAAAAUCGUAUCUCAUGAGAAGUUUUUUUCCCAGAAAAAUUUGUGUUUCUAUUUUUUGUGUUUUCGGGCUUCAAGAAGAAGAAGGAGGGAAGAAGAAGUGUGAAAAUUGAAUUUUGUUUCGGAAAAGAAGCUUCGUCAACCAAAAACAAAAUGAUUUCAUUUUUUUUGUCUAUUGUCAGACGUUUUUUGGAGGAAUUUUUUCCCAAAGGGUUUCCGGGUGGAUCGUAGAACAUGGUCCCCAGACACUACCACAGAACUAUGUAGGUCCCCACUUCCAGGGAACUUGGGACCUGCUCUAGGAUUCCGAAUUUCCUAAAUCCAAGUUCCACCCUUCCCCAUCAAAAAAAAAAUAAAAAGAAAAGAAAAUCGUUUUCGAAGCGGAAAAUCUCAUCAAAUUCCAAAUUCCAAAUUCUCCGAAUUUUUCGCUCCAAAAUAAAAAAAUAGGGGAACGGAAGAAUUGGUUGAUUUAUAAUGGACGACAACUGAAAUCAUUGCUCGCUUAAAUUUCGCAAAACUUUUUUCCUCCUCGGCUUGGAUUUUGUGGAGUCGCCGUUUUUUCGGGGGAAAAAUGGUCCCGGGGGAAUACAUGCAUUUAUUUCACAUGUAUGUAUAUUUUUUGGUUGGAUGGAUGGGGAAAAAUGUGGAGAAAUGGGCGGAUUUUUGGGGGGGAGAGGGAAGGAUUUCACACUUUGUGUUUUUUUAGUUUGGUUUAGCUUAGUUUUUGGGUCGUGGAAAACAUUGUGCAGCUACAUUCCAAUAGAAUUCAUAGUUCAACUUUGUUAAAGCUUGAAAAUUUUCUAAUUGGAGUUUUGAAACCUUUUAGAGACGCUCAAGUUUUAUUUGUUCAUUUUGAAUUUCAAAUUUUUGUUCCCCAGAUCAAAUUGGAAUUCAAGAAUUUCUUUGGAAGCUUUCCAAUCCCAGGAGAAAUUGCAUCGAUCCAAAAUCCAAAAUAUUUAUUUUCCCAUUUUUUUAUUUUUCCUGUCGUCAAAUAUUACCUGUUCAUACAUAUUUUUUCUCAUAAUUAUAUAUAUAUUUUUUCUCAAUCAGAACUUCCUUCCUUUCAUUUCAUUUUUCUUUAUUUCGUAUAUUUUUCGAGUUUUCAGAAGAAAUUAAGCAUUCAAAACUCUUCAGAAAUUCCUCCCAAAAAAACUUGUUAGAAAUUCAAAGUAUACGAGUUUUUCGACGAAAAAAAGCAAAGUUUUUUGGCUGACGACGACGAAAAAAGACGAAAAGAUAACCAGAUUUGUGCACAAUUUCUUUUCAAUCACAAACGUUUUUCCAAAGUUUCUUCCCAACAUUUUUUCGCUUACAAGGAAACUUUUCUUGGAAGUUACGUGAAAUUUUAGAGUAGGAACUAGGAAAAUUGUGAAUUUCUGAAUUUUUUAAAUGUUAGCUUUCGGAAAAUCUGAAUUUUAGUAAAGACAUUCAAGGUUUCUGGGUCAAAAAAUCUGAAAUAUCAACAGGAAAAAAUCUGUUUGAAAUAUUAAAUUUUGGAAUUCCUCAGCUCUUCAGAUAAAAUUUCCGAAAGCGCUGUGAAGUUCCGGAAACACCAAAACCAGAUGAAUAUAUUUUCAGAAAUUAUUCAGAAUUUCUCAAACUUUUAAAUCUAUAAGAUUUGAGAGUUCGAACAAAUCUAAAUAUUUUUCAAUGAAUUUUCCAAGAAUUUAUAACACUUUCCAAUUUUCAGAACUAAAAAGUUUCAGCGAUUGAAAACUCUAAAAACCUAAUAUUCCUCUGUUCCCUCUCAUUGCCAGAAAAUUCCACAUACAUUCUAGAUUUCUGAAUAUAAAAAAGUGAAUAAAGAAAAUAUAUGACGGCAGUCGAUCGUGGGAAGCUAUAGACUCAAAUUUCUUUUUUUCUAGAAUUUUCAAAUGUGGGAAUCUUCCAGUUUCUUUUAAUGCUUUUUCCCCCAUCUUCUCCCAAUUUUUUUGCAUAGUAAGGUGGUUUUGUAUUUUGUAAUAAAUACAAAAAUCUCUAAUCCAUUCAGCCAGCACUUUUAUUUUUCCUUCUCAAAUCAAUAUAUUCCCUUCUUCAUAUUCAUCUCAAAUUUAGCCAAUCCUUCAUUUUUCGCAAAAAAAAUCCGUUUCUUGUCUCUUGAAUACUCACCUAAUGAGCCUCAUUUUUCUGCGAAGCUUGAAAAAAAAAACAAUUUUUAUUUUAUUUUUUCAUAGUAUAUUUAUUGUACCAGAUAUUUUUUAUAGAAUCUAUUUUUUUUUUGGAAAAAAAUAGUCAUCGAAUCAAUCAUGCACAUUUUCAAUUGGCACCAAGGCGAUCGUCGAAAAAAUAACAAAGGGAAGGAACAAAAAAAAUUAUAUACGGCGAAAAUAAGAAGAGGACUUUUUUUUUGAAUUUUUUUUGUGCUUGUUUUUUUUUGUUGCGUGGGAUUUUGGGUUUGGCUUGGAGUCAAAGGAGCUUGAAUAUUUUAGAAGUUUUAGAGACUGAGCUUGAAAGUUUUAAACCUUUUUUCUGGAAAUAAUUUUCAAUUUCUAAUAUUUUUCCCGAUUUCCGAAACUUCAACCAAUGGUUUUCAGAAGCUGGGAUUUUCAUUAAAUGUUUGAUUGAGAUUUUUCGAACUAGAAAUGAGUUUCCAAAACUUUAAAAAUCUAACUUUUAAGAAUGAGAGCUACAAAAAUUCUCCGCAUCAAAAACCAGUUUUUUUCAAACUUUUUAUAGCUUGUAGAGCGAUAAUUUUGAGAAUUUUGAUUUUUUGAACAUUUUUGGAGACGUUUUAAAAAAUAUAAUAAAUUCAUUUUUUUCUGAAUUUCAGUUUAAGCAUCUGAUGAUUUCAAGAAAAGUUCUACAUCACAUUUUCAUUUAAUAAUUUUCAAAGCUAUAAUUUUAUAAACUUCAAUUGUUCUUCUCCAUAUUCUUCUGAAAAAUCUGGAAAAUAUCAACAAAAAAGUUUCCCAAACUCGAAAAUUAUGUAUCAUUUUUUUUCAAGCUGUUCCUAUAUUUUCCAACUUUUCAUUUUUCCAAAUUCUAAAUUUCUGAACUUUUCUUUUUUUUUCAAACUCUCGUUUCUCUUGAAAAUUCAUCCAGAAUCUAUAUUUUUCAGAUUUCCUCAUCCUUGGAAUGAAAAACUGAUCAAACUCGAAAUCAAUCCGAAUCCAAUCAAGUAAGUCAUUUUUCCCAAGUGUUCUUCAAAAUCAAAAAAAAAUCAGAAAAUCUCCAACUCAUCCCUUUAUUUCCAUAUACAAAAAAAAAUAUGCAUCGCGCGGCGCGGCAAAAACGUGGAUGGGCGUGGCCUCCACGCAACUCUGCGUCUCUCUCCCUCGGGGCCUCUCUAAUCUAUCGCGCGCCCGCGUUGUUGUGCAUAUUUUUCUUGAGUCUGAAAUUGCUGACUGAAACUAUUCAUAUUUUUUGCAGGGUCGCCGCCGAGGGUAGAGAGAACUAGGGGCCAUGGGUUUCAACGUGCCACUUAUCAAUCGAGAUUCGGAUUUAUUGAAAGCCGAAGCGAAAAAAUGGCUAGAAGUUCAAGAAAAUCAAAAGAAAUGUGUAUUGGUGAUCGUUUCGAUCGCUCUUCUUUUGGAUAAUAUGUUAUAUAUGGUUAUUGUUCCAAUUAUUCCAAAAUAUCUUCGAGAUAUUCAUAAUUAUGAAGUGUCAUUUGAAGGAUAUCAUAAUGAAACUACAGUAUUACCAAAUGGCACAAUAUUAGUAAGAUCAGUUGGUGGAAGAAUUGAUUAUAAAGAUGAAGAAUUGGAAUUGGGAUGGUUAUUUGCAUCAAAAGCUUUACUACAAAUCUUUGUCAAUCCAUUUUCCGGAUAUAUUAUUGAUCGAAUUGGUUAUGAGAUUCCUAUGAUUCUUGGAUUAUGCACAAUGUUUUUCUCAACAGCUAUUUUUGCACUUGGAAAAAGUUAUGGAGUUUUGCUAUUUGCCAGAAGUUUACAGGUUUGUCCAUUUUUCCUUUCGAGAAAAACCAAUUUUCAAAAUUGAAUUUCACUCUCUUACAUUUUUCCGACCACCCGAAAAAACCCGAAAAUGUAUAAAAAUAGCUGACUGAAAAAAAUCAAACAUGCAAUUUUUGUCCUUAUUUUUUCGUGUCUUCUCCAUUUUUCUUUGGUGCUAAUUAACUGGAGCUUUUGCGGAAGAAGAAGAUGGAAAAAAACGAAGAGAAUUUGCUUUUUUUUACGAAAUGAAAAGAAAAGAUGAAUUUCGGUGAUAAUAUAGUUGAGGGAAGAUUGUCCUGGGGGAAUUUGAGGAAAAACGAGUGAUGUCAGAGAGGAUCUUGGAAAUGAUGAUGAUGGUGGUGAAAUGGGAAUUUUGGGAAAAAAAAGAAUGUGGAAAAUUCAAAAAAUGUUAAAAUUAUGACGUGAACCACGUGAAAAUUUAAGAAAACAUUUUGAAAAAAAAGUUUUUUAGCAAAUUUCAAAUCCGACUUGGGAAAACAGGAAAAAUUGUGAACCUAACCCGAAGUUUCGGAAAGUGUGAUUUUUGAAUCAGAAACUAUUCAAAAAAUGUUUCGAUUCAGACUUUUCAAAAAAAUUGGAGAUAAAGUGAUAAAAAACUUAAAAGAGUGAUCAAUCUGGUUCACUUCAGAAAUUCUAAUAAUCUCGCUUUUUGUCAAAAACUUUAGGAAUUUUUGAAAAGAGUAGAACUUUUAAAAAAUAUAUAUAAAAUGAAAUAAAUUCUUUGAACGGCCAAAAUUUUUUAAAAACAUUUCUUUAAAAAUGUGGUUUCUCGAAAUUUACUCAAUUAUCCUUUUCCCAAAACCACCUGAUCAACAAAUCAAAAAUCAAUAUUCCAGGGAUUCGGUUCUGCAUUCGCCGACACUUCUGGUCUCGCAAUGAUUGCUGAUCGUUUCACUGAAGAAGGCGAAAGAUCAGCAGCUCUCGGAAUUGCUCUCGCAUUCAUUUCGUUCGGUUGUUUGGUUGCUCCACCAUUUGGAAGUGUUCUUUAUUCGAUCGCCGGAAAACCUGUCCCAUUUUUGAUUUUGGCAUUUGUUUGUCUCGCUGAUGCUAUUGCUGUUUUUAUGGUUGUUAAUCCACAUCGAGUUGCGCAAACUGAUGAGAAAGGAGAAAAAGUUCAAGGUAAUUUUUUUCUGAAAAAAAUUCAGGAACAAAUUUUUUACUCUUAUCUUGAACCUAAUCCCAUCACUCCUACUCAAUUUUUCUUUUAAACCUUUGCAUUUUCAGGAACUCCAAUGUGGCGCCUCUUUAUGGAUCCCUUCAUCGCCUGUUGCUCCGGUGCUCUAAUAAUGGCAAAUGUGUCUCUCGCUUUCCUCGAACCAACAAUCAGCACAUGGAUUGCUGAAAAUAUGAGUGACACUCCUGGCUGGUUAAUCGGUGUCAUCUGGCUUCCCCCAUUCUUCCCUCAUGUUCUCGGAGUUUAUGCGACUGUCAAACUUCUCAAAUUAUAUCCAAAUCAUACUUGGGCAAUUGCGAUGAGCGGUUUGGCGAUGGAAGGAAUUGCAUGUUUCACAAUUCCAUAUACAACAAGUGUUAUGCAAUUAGUUAUCCCAUUAUCAUUUGUUUGUUUUGGAAUUGCAUUAAUCGACACUUCUCUUUUGCCAAUGUUAGGACAUUUAGUGGAUACUAGACAUGUUUCAGUUUACGGAUCGGUUUAUGCCAUCGCCGAUAUCUCAUAUUCUCUUGCCUACGCUUUCGGACCAAUUAUCGCUGGAUGGAUUGUCACAAAUUUCGGAUUCACUGCUCUCAACAUUGUCAUUUUCGUCACAAAUGUUGCAUAUGCUCCAGUUCUUUUUAUUUUGCGAAAAGUUCACACUUAUGAUGCUUUGGCACAAAAUCAACAACAACCAAAUGAAAUGACACAAUUGAAUAAUAGUACCACAACGCAAAACUCGCAACCCCAGAAAACUACUAUAAAUGAGACCUAUCAGGGUUGGGACACUCAGCAAUCCUAUCAAAAUGGUGGUUCCCAACCACAACCAGAAUUCCCGGCUGGUUAUGACCCUCUUAAUCCACAAUGGUAGAUGUUUCCCGUAUUUCUUCCCUGAAGUAGCUUUUUUUGCCAAAAAAAUUUAUAAUCGGCCAAAAUAUAUUAAUUUAUUUUUCUUGAUCUCAUAAAGUGCUGGAAAUGAAAUAAAAUGAGUUGGAGAUUUUCUGAAAAUGUUUUAUUCCUAAUAACAACCAAGAAUUUCAGAAUGACAGAUGAGAAGGAAUGUUGUGGCUGGUAUGAGGUGAGUUCCCUGAGAAAAUCCUUUCAAAAUCUCUAGAAGUAGUACUAAAAUCUCUACAAAAAUCCCCAAGGAAUAUUGGGACACCUUUUCAAUUUAAUUACAAAUUUCUCCUCUUUUUUUUCCAAUUUUUCUUGUCUUCUUCCCCUUUUUCAAGAAGAACGAAAAAAAAGAAGUCAGCUAAUUAAAAAAGGCAAUUUUUCACCAAAACCAUCCCCAAAAAAUAGAGAGCCUUGAAGAAUUUCAAUGAGAUUAUUUCUAUUCAAACGUUGUUUGACAACAGUGAAAGUGAGUUUUUUUGGUUUUGGAAAUAAGUAACAUUUGAAAUUUUUAUUUAGAGUCAAAAUAUUUUUGAAUAUUUUUAUUUUUUUUUUCAAAAACAUGCCAGGAAAGAAACCGGGAAAAAUACGUUUAGAAAUUUUCAUAUAAUAUUCUUGUUCAAUUUUUUUUGAUGCAACCGGCUGAAUAAAUGGGUGAUCAAAAAUCUGAGAAAAAAUGUUUUCGAGUAUUUUUCAACAGUUAUCUUGAAUUUCAGAUUUUUGAUUGUUUUGUUUUUAAAUGAAACUAGUAUUCUCUUCGUGAAGUUUAGUUGAAGUUAGCCUAACUUUUUUCAAUUUUCAAAGAUUUUUUUUCAUAAUUUUUAUAUAUUUUUCAAAUUUUACAGAAUUUUUUCAUCGAUUUUUUCAAAUUUUCCGAAAUCCCUCCCCAAAAAACUCACCAAUCGCUUCUAUUUCCGAAAUCACACAAAAAUCAUCGAUAAAACCCACAUUUCUCCGAUAAUCCUUGGAUUUUCUGUUGGAAGCGGUAAUUGCAGACUUGUAGAACAUCUAAAAAUUCAAUUUUUGACUGAAAUUCACUGUUUUUCCCCGGAAACCUGAAAACCCUGCGAAAAAAACGAAAAAUGAAAAUAUUCUCGUGCCUCAGGGAUUUGAAAAUGUUAAUCGGCGGACAAAAUAGUUGUCAGCGAUUAAAAUGGGAUGAAAAUAUUCAUCGCCAAUUAAUCGUUUGAAGAAACAACGAAACUCCGCCGAACGAUUAAUCGGCGGACAACUUUUUCAUCGCGGCCACGGCCAAAACCUAUCCUAGAUUCUAGUUACUUUAUGACCAGCAUUCGAUGCAACUCUAGAAAAGCGCCUUUGGUUAAGUGGUAGAGUCUCAGGCUGCCGCCCGUGAGACCUGGGUUCGAUUUUACCUCAGCGCGAACUUUUUUUUCUAGAAGGAUGUUUCUUGUGAAAUCGAGCAAAUUCGCUCUACCGCACACCAAGCGAUUAAAACGCGAUUGAAACGAGAUUAAUCUCAAGUUGUCCGCUGAGUUGCUCGCCGAUUAACAUUUUCAAAUCCCUGAGAUGUUGCGCUAAACAGCGGGUAAGCGGAGUGUCGUUGUAAAAGUCAUUCAAAUUAUUGAUCAAUAAAUUCAAUAAAUUUUCUAUUUUUGUGCCAACCUUUUGAAAGAAUCUCAGGGUUCCCAACUGUUAUAUUUUUUAUGUGAUCCUUUCUCUUGAUGUGACGCCAAAUUUUCAGUGAUUUCGUUAUUUAUAAGGGAGAGAAAUGGGAAUCCCCAAAAUUUUGCAUUUCUAUUUUCACAAUUUUUAUGAAAUUUCUAACGUGUUCCAAAAACAGGCAUUUGUGAAAAUGGAUAGUGGCAUUUUUAGUAAUUAACAUGACAGAAUGUCGCGCUAUUUCCGUUUCAGAAAAAGAACAAAAAUCUAGGGUAAAAUUCAGCUUUUUUUUUGAACACAAACACAUUUUUUUUUGAAAAAAAAAAUGUUGAUCCUCAAAAAUCCCCAUCAAUUUCACAGAAAUCUCUGCCAAAGCCACCAAUUCCGACGCUCGAGUCAACUCUCGAUCGAUAUCUCGAAUAUGCUGCAGUCGUCGCAUGUGGACAGAAAGCCUCUUUGGCAACAACUCAUCAAGCGGCUCAAAAAUUCACCAAACAAGCAUUUCCACUUCAACAACAACUUGUCGAAAUAUCGAAAAGUUCACCGAAUUGGGCGACAAAAUAUUGGUUGCCUGAGAUGUAUAUGCGAGUGAGAAUACCGACGCCGAUCAAUUCGAAUCCAGGAUAUAUUUUUCCGAAAAUGAAGUUUGAGACAAAAGAGGAACAUUUGAAGUAUACAGCACUUUUGACACGUGGAUUAGUUGAAUAUAAAAAUCAAAUUGAUACGUGAGUAAAUAAUUUUCAAAUCAAAACGUAGAAGAGUUCCAAUUUUCAGAAAACAAAUCGAGCGCGAAAAAUCAACCGGAGCUCAGAAACUUCAUAUGUGCAUGGAGCAAUAUGAACGAAUUAUGAAUUGUUAUCGUCAACCUGGAAUUGGAGAAGAUGUUCAGAUUCGAAAACCAAAAACAUAUGAGGGAAAUGAACAUGUUCUUGUGAUGUGUCGAAAUCAAUCGUUCAUUUUGCACACAAGAUGUAAUGGAACUCUUGUACCGACUGCUGAUAUUGAACAUCAACUCAGAAAAAUUGAAGAGAUUUCGAUGAUUAAUCAGAAUGUAGGUUUGCUGAAUCUGAUGCGGUAGAUAGGAAUUUGAAAAAUUGUAUUUUCACUUCAGAACACGAUUCCAAUUGGAGCAUGUGCAAGUGGUGAAAGAGACGAUGCAGCUCGUUUUUGGCAAGAUAUGUUGAGCGUUGAACAAAAUCAAAAAUCUUAUGAAUGGGUCAAAUCCGCUCUUUUCGUUGUUUGUUUGGACAUGGAUGAUCAAACUUUAUAUCCAAAUUUUGGAAAUGAUCCAAAAAAGAUUAAAGAAGCUGAAUUUGUACUGCGAGGAUAUCACACUUUAACAGGCUAUGGUUCCAAAAAUUUCGGAUUCAAUAGAUGGUAUGAUGCAACAAUUCAAUUAGUUGUAUCAUCAAAUGGUUCAAAUGGAUUAUGUAUCGAACAUUCGACAGCUGAAGGAAUUGUUAUUAUAAAUAUGGCUGAAAGUGCAAUUCGAUAUGGACAGAAAUAUUUUAAGAGUAAUUUGAUGCAUGAUCCAAUCAGACAUAUUCAUCCAAAAUCAUUGACUUGGCAUUUUUCUGAAACAUCGAGAAAUUUGCUGACCAAACAGAAACAUAUUUUUGAUAGACUUGCUGAAGAUUUAGAACUAGAAGUCUUGAUUUUUGAAGAAUUUGGGAAAGAUGCGAUUAAGAAUUGGAAAAUCAGCCCUGAUGGUUUUAUUCAACUAAUUCUUCAACUUGCACAUUAUAAAACUCAUGGACAUCUAGUUUCGACUUAUGAAUCCGCAUCAAUUCGAAGAUUUGGAUGUGGAAGAGUUGAUAAUAUUCGAGCAAAUACACAACAAGCAUUGGAAUGGGUUACUUCAAUGACUAAAAAUGUGACAAAGGAGAGAAAGUUGGAAUUGUUCAAAAAGGCGGUGCAGAAACAAGCUCAGGUUACUGUAGAGGUAUGAUUUUGGUCAAUGCUGAAAAAAAAUAUUUCUUAAAAACAUUUCUACAUCUCAUUCCCCUGAAUUUCAGAAUAUAACUGGAUAUGGAAUCGACAAUCAUCUUUGCGCACUUUAUUGUUUGGCUCGAGAAAGAGAAGAAGCAACCGGUGAAGAUAUUCCUGAAUUAUUUCUCGAUCCAUUGUGGAGUGAAGUUAUGAGAUUCCCAUUGUCAACAAGUCAAGUAACAACAUCAAUCGAUAUUCCUGAUAGUUAUCUUUGUUAUGGUGCAGUUGUUCGAGAUGGCUAUGGAUGUUCAUAUAAUCUUCAACCAAAUCGAAUUGUUUUCGCACCAAGCGCUUUCAAAUCUGAUAGACGAACUGAUUUGCAAUUUUUCAAAAAAUCUUUGACUGAUGCUUGUUUAGAAGUUAGAGAUUUACUCAGCAACUAA